AUGCCCAGUGCCUUCUCUCUCCUCUACCUUCCCAAAAAGGCACUACAUCAUGUGCUUUAUAGCAUUGAUUAUGUUGAUAUAGUCGCAUUCUCUCUCGCAUCCAAUAAAACUAAGGAGGUGGUCAAAUCUCUUAACUUAAAAAUCCAUAAUAUCAGUUUGACACUUAAUUAUUUCAUCAGAAUUCAAAUCGACGCAUUCAGAAACAAUCCAUCGCGCAUGUUGUGGAAUUUCUAUCCGGAGAAAUAUGAUAAUAGCACCGAACCAAUUCCAGUUUACAUGCCAGCUCGUGUAAUAGGGAUGCGUGACACUAACCCUGUGCAAAACCUCGUCAAAUACCGAAAUCCUGGUCUCAGCAUCCAAGAAUGGUUUGCUCAUUUCCAAUACAUAUUCUCUUUCCCUGAAGAGAAAUCACUUCGGUUUACUAGAGAAACAUGUAAAUUUGAUUUGAGCUCUCUAAAAGAAACAAUUGGAGAAUCUGAGAUAGGAAUGCUCGAAUUUCAUAACUCCUGUAGUUUGGAAUGUGCACAGAUGGUGUUGAGACAAUUCCCAUCUGUCAAACGUUUUUUUGCGUUCGGUCGACGUCUUGUGAACCCCAGCUUGUAUAGUAACAUUUUGAUUAAAAACUUGGAUACAAUGGCUCUCGGACACCCUACUUUGUCUUUAAGAAUUGAAUUGGAUGACUUGUUAUUAAUAAAUAGCAAGGAAAUAUACGUUUGCUCAUUAACUAUCACUAAUAAAGUGAUCAAUCAGUUUCUGAAAUUUUGGAUGAGAGGAUCGAACCCAAGAAUGGAGGUCGUAAACUUUGAUUAUCCUGAUGGUCGGUUUCCGGAUAAGGAUGUUUUAUUGAAAGGAACGAAUUAUCACGAAACACUAUCGAAUCAAGUCAGACAUUACUACAGACAUGAGAAGACCAUAAUGAUCCAAGGCGGAUACGAUAUUCGUCAAAAGGACGGAACUGUUGGAACAGUCUCAAUUCUUCAACAUGGCCAAGGACAAUUGGUUCGAUUAUUUGUAUGGAGUUGA